UCGAGCAAAGCCAAGGAGAAGAAGCAGCGGCGGCUGGAGGAGCGCGCGGCCAUGGCCGCCGUGUGUGCCAAGGUGGAGGCCGCCAACAAACUCCAAGAUCCCCUCGAGGCCUUCCCGGUGUUCAAAAAGUACGACAGGAACGGCCUGAACGUGUCCAUCGAGUGUCGCCGCGUGUCGGGCCUGGAGCCGUCCACCCUGGACUGGGCCUUUGAGCUGACCAAGGCCAACAUGCAGAGCCUGUACGAGCAGAGCGAGUGGGGCUGGAAGGAGAGGGAGAAGCGGGAGGAGCUGCGGGACGAGCGGGCCUGGUACCUGCUGGCCCGCGAGCCCGGCGCUGGCCCCGUGGCUUUCUCCCAUUUCCGCUUCGAUGUCGAGUGCGGGGACGAGGAUUUCUGGGCUGUGUCCCACAGCUACGAGGUGCAGCUGGAGAGCAGAGUGCGGCGGCGGGGGCUGGGCAAGUUCCUGCUGCAGAUCCUGCAGCUCGUGGCCAACAGCACGCAGAUGAAGAAGGUGAUGCUCACCGUGUUCAAGCACAACCACGGGGCGCUGCAGUUCUUCCGCGAGGCGCUGCAGUUCGAGGUGGACCCCACGUCCCCCAGCGUGUCCGGCUGCUGCGGGGACGAUUCCUCCUACGAGAUCCUGAGCCGCAGCACCCGAUUCGGGGACCCCCAUCCCGGGGGGGCCCCCUGCGCCGGCUGCUGCCACUGAGCCCCCCCAAAAAUCCUGGGCCCGGCCUGCUGGGACCCCCGUGAUGGGUGACAGAAGCCCCCCCUUCCCCCCCUUCCCCGUUAUCGCUGGGAUUUGGGGGCCGGAAGGGGAUUUUUGCGUUGGGUUUUUAUUUUUAUUUUUUUUU